UGCUUCCUCCUUCCCUUCUGCCCUAGAUUUCUAGGGCUUGGGCAGGGGCGUUUGGCGAUGGGCGCGAGCAAUGCGCAGGCGCAGGCGCAGCAGCACCAGAAUGGGGGGAACAACAAGGGCAGCAGCAACAUCAGCCACAACAAUUCGAGCUCCGAGUCGGAGGAUUGGGGCGAGGAGCCGUGGACGGUGGACUGCCCCUGCGGCGUCACCUUCGACGAUGGCGAGGAGAUGGUGGAGUGCGACGAGUGCGGCGUGUGGGUGCACACCUCCUGCUGCCAGGUCUCCAAGUCCGUCUCCACCUACGUCUGCGACAAGUGCAAGGAGAAGAAGCGCAAGGAGAGGGAGGAGUCGGAGGUGGCGCAACUGCUGGUGGAGCUCCCCGGCAAAUCGGUGAGUUUUGACGAGAGAAACUUGGGCAGGAUCAUGAACACUGACACGGCUGUGGGACAGUCUUGCGAGGUGCCCGUCCCGCGCAAAGUCCACGAGCACGGCGCCCCCGGGGGAGACGCCUCCAUCUUUGUUGGUGUUUCGAGCGUCUUCUCGCAGCAGCUGUGGAAGUGCGCCGGCUACGUCCCAAAGCUGCUCCACGUCCAGUACACGGAGAUCCCAAACUGGCACUACGAGGCUCGCACCGAGACGGCCUGCUUGUUCGAGCUCUGCAAGCCAGCGCUCAAGGAGUCCCCUCCUUCCAGGGGCUGCAAGAAGGUAAAGGCGGAGCACCAGGAAUGCAAGCUCUCCAACGUCGACGGGGAUGUCCAGCCGGUGGGUGAUGACGAGGGCGGAGGUCGCAGGGACAGGCAUGGCAAGAAGCUCGAGGUGAUCAGGCACACCAAGCACAAGUAUAAGUUCCGGGGACUCAAGGAUGACAAACAGCAGCACAACUCGCAGAGCAAAAGGACGAGGGAGGAUGUCAAGGAGCAGCACUACAGCAGGAAGAAGAUGAAGGCUGGCCUGGAUUCAUGCAAGGGCGACCAACACCACAGAAAAGCGCAAUCGCCCAAGAACCCGAAAGCGAUGAAAAAGAAUGCUGUCCAGGAGUUCAUGGACGGAAACUUAAGGCUUUGUAGCAAGUGCUUGAGACCGGAGCCGAGUAGCAGUGACGAGCAAGGUAACGCGUCGAAGCAAUUUGUCUGUGUCGACUGUCAAAAGCCUCGACUCUCCACAAAGAAACAGGACACGGAGGGUCCCCCACCUCAGAGGGAAGACCAGUGCAAAAAACUGAAAAGCGAUCCCACAAAUUCCUCUCAGAAUGUUUCGCCUAUAACAGCGAGUACCGAGCUCCCGAAGCAAGCUUUGGACAGCUCCUUGGAACUUCCUUCCCCCGAGGUAGAGUCUGUGGAUCAUUCCAGCUUGGUUAAGCAACAGCAAGCUGGAAAGCCUCCUCACGGAGUUGAUGAUACCAAGAAGUUGGAACACAAGGGCUGUCAACUCAGUGUCAGGACGACUUUCUCAAAGUCAGACAUUCCGUCGCCGGCUUCUAUCAAUUCGGGGGGUCCGAGCGUGAAAUCAUUCGGAGAGAAUGCGACCCCGAGCUCGCCAACUAAUCAGAAGCCAGCUGCUGCAGUCAAGGCUUCACAUUUGCCGCCGCCUGCUUCUGCUGCGAAGACGGCAAUGAAAUCUUCAGCACAAAGCACCAAGUCGUCGACUUCCUCUAAACAGACGGUUGUCGCUCCUGCUUCCCUUGCGCUCAAGAAGUCUGACUCGGCAAAGAGCUCCAACGUGCCACUUAAAUCUCCAUCUUCUCAGCCUAGCAGCUCGAAGCAGUUAACUACAUCCAAGACGCCACUCGCGCACACGAGCAGCAAGCCCAGUCAUGGUAGUAGUACUCUGCCUAGAAAGUCUGGAAGCAAAGAUGGCGGAGACAGAACAAAGGACGACAAGGGAAGCUUGUUUAAGUCGAGUGGAUCGUCUCCAGGAGCUUCAUCUCCAGCUGCGCCAUUAAAUGACGAGGAGCUGGCGCUACUGCUCCAUCAAGAGCUCAAUAGCUCCCCGAGAGUUCCGAGAGUUCCAAGAGUGCGUCAAGCUGUGUCGUCUGCCUCGGCACAGCCUUCAAACAUUCUCACAAAACGAACGCUGGGAAGCAGCAGCUCUUCCAAGGAGCACCGCUUGAUGUGGAGAAAGCGUCACAGGGAGGAGAGCUGCCGCGGGAACUCGAGCAGAUUCAGUGAGACGCCUCACUUGAGGAGACACGACGAAGGAACAAAGACGGACGACGAGGCAGCGAGUAGCCGAGCGGAUUCCCCCGAGCUUUCAGAGGGCGGUGGCGGUGAAAACACCCAGCACAACGAGGCGGGGACUGCAUCGUCGAAGAAGCACAUUGCCGAUGCCGAUGAAACUUCGCAAGGUGGUGGCGGUGACAAAGUAGCGAGCGAAGCAGCGGCCUUUGUUUCUCCACGCCAAAGGGGGUGAUGGAAGCAUUCUUCUUGUCUUCCUUUCCGGUUUCAUUGGCAGGCUGACUUUGUGUGCAUUACAGUGUACAGUAGCGUGGAAAGCAAACUCUUGUAGACUACUACUAAGGUUUUUCAGCGUGAAAGAGAGAGAGAGGGAGACAACGCAAAAACUCGCUUUGGCACAGACAAGGCUGCUUUCUUCCUGGCUAUGCAGUGUAAGGAGCGUGCCAAAGCAAAGUCGCGCUGGAUGUCAGUGGCCGCAGCUGCGAAAGAAAAAGAUGGACGAUUUAAAAAGGAUGGAGCUGGAACAAAGGCUUCAUCUCCCUCCAGCCGAGAGAGAGAGACCGAAUUUUUUGUGAACUUUCCUCUUCUUUCGCUUUGUCUAGGCGAGGAAAGGAGACAAAUUUUGCCAGUGGGCCGCGACCCAAAUGCCCAGGAAAUCUAGCUCCAAGCUGGGCAUCCUUGUGCGCCA